GUGUUCUGUGAAGACUUUACUUCCGGUUUCUUCACACCCCGGUGGAAGUGUCACUCAUAACUUUAAGUUUCUGUGCAAGUUUAUCUGGGUUAUUGACAAUGAUUUUGCUAGAAAUUCACAAUCGGAUUGUGGAGGAAACUCUCACAAAUAAGAUCAAAAAUGCUUUAGAUGGUAACAAACCAGACACUGUUGAUGUGACUGUGGCAGAUUUUGACGGGGUCUUGUUCCACAUUUCCAACCCCAAUAGCGAGAAAAGCAAGAUCAGAGUCAGUAUAUCUCUGCAUUUCUACAAGGAUCUGCAGGGCCACGGUGCAGACGAGUUGAUCAAAAGAGAGUAUGCAGAAAUUCUCACAUCUCCAGAGGAUGGAUACAACGUGACAGUGCUGUUUGACCUGGAGAACAUUCCACCAAACUGGGAGGAACUGGUGAAGAAGACUUCCCUCCUCAAGAGGAACUGCUUUGCAUCAGUAUUUGAGAAAUACUUCAAGAUCCAGGCAGACAUUGAGGCUGCCAAGAAGAAAGGAACAGCCCCGCCCAAGUCAGAACGGGCCGUUGUGCAGUAUAGAGAGGAAGAGACCAUGUAUGUGGAAGCAUUGGGGGACAGAGUUACAGUUAUCUUCAGUACCAUAUUCAAGGAUGAUGAUGAUGUUGUCAUAGGAAAAGUAUUUAUGCAGGAGUUCAAGGAAGGUCGUCGCAACUUCCAGCAGGCCCCUCAGGUGCUCUUUAGUCACAAAGAUCCACCAUCAGAGCUCGCCGGCACAGACGCACGAACUGGCGACAACAUUGGAUACAUCACAUUUGUUCUGUUCCCCCGCCAUACUGCCCCCAGUGCCAAAGACAACACCAUCAACCUUAUACACACGCUGAGGGACUAUCUGCACUAUCACAUCAAGUGCUCAAAGGCUUACAUUCACACGAGGAUGCGUGCCAAGACUUCUGACUUCCUGCGUGUGCUCAACCGAGCCCGACCAGAAAAGAAGAAGGAAAAGAAAACAUUCUCCGGCAAAUCCAUCAGACCUUCAUAAGAUGAAUCUUUUGUUUAGAACAUUUAUUUGCGACCUCUCAGCUUUGAACGUGGCUUCAUUACAACCCAACCUUGAACAACCUUUUACCUUGCUACACCACAACAGACUCCAUACAGUGGGGUGGUCGGUUACAGUGUGUUCAUCUUUGAGACUUGUGGUGUAUAUUACUCAAUAGACAAUUGUUGUAUAGUGUUGUAUGUCACCAUAUAGACUAUUGUAUAUUACAUGUACAAGAAACUGUCAAUUCUGUAUUAAACAUGAAAUUUUCUGGCAAUUAAUAACUUAUGUUGAAAUAUAAAGCUAUUGACACAGAUUUAUUUAGUUAAUGAAGUCGAGUGUCUUAUAAUUGUGUACCAGUAUUGGAAAAAGCUACUAAACAUUUUCUUGUUUUGCUUUACAUAAUAUAUAUAAUGUAAAGGCAACUAGUGCUUUCUUUAUUAUGCGAUAUAUGCACAAAAUUAAAUUUAUUUUAAU